UUUUUUUUUUUACUGGAAGGUUGGAGCUCCAUCCACAAGGGGGUGGCUGGACCACAUCAAAGCAGCCUCUCAGCAGGACGGGGUGCUCCUGUGCGCCUCAUGAAUAAUCCUUACAAACCUUUUUUUUUUUUUUCUUUGCGCAUGCCUAGGAAAUCCACCAGAUAUAUUUCUGCGUAUAUUUUCCUGGGUGAAGCUGUCGUAAGUCGUAAAAAAAACACACAUUAAGCGUGCAAUCGGGAGAAUGUGGACUAAUAAUUGGGUUUUAGCGCAGUUCUUCAUGUGCGCUGCGCAGCCAAAGGAAUUACUUUCCGUGGCUGACGUCAGGAAUACCUCACCAGCGGAGCGCGGCCCACUGGCGGUGGGCAGGAGGAUAUGAGGAGCAAUCGUGGAAGAGGACUCAGUCCGACCUUGUCUGGCUCGCAGUCCCGCGCCAGGUCGUGCGUAACGCUGCUAAAAUAGUCAGCCGCGACCAAAGCCCCUUUACGCGCGUACAACUUUGGCUUUCAUUCAGAUUUUUUUUUUUUUUUUUUUUUUUUUUUCAAAAUUCGCAACACAUCCACGUCUGGGUGGUGUGCACAGGAAUAGAGCAACACUACACUCCAACCUCUUCCGCAUAUUGGAUUUCUAUGCAAAGAGAAGGUCGCCAACGUCCCUCAAAAGGAUUCGGGAAAUGAAGACUGCUGCUCGCACGGAUUCAGUAUUUUUUUGACUUACAAACGCUUCUUUUCUGCGCAGCUCGGUUCAAGGGGUUUCCCCUGAAAUCUACCAAGUAUCCGCUCCCUGUGUGGGAUCAUUCGCUGCAUCGCUCACAUUUGAAUAUAACCUAGUUUUGGACAAGCCUGUGCAGAGCUUUGUACAGUGCACACAUUCGACCAGAAUGCAUUUUAUUUAGGAGAACCUCUGAACAAUCAAAGUGCCAACAUAAGCCGGAAUGGCGAACGAGUGUAAUCGCAAUAUUGUGGAAAAGUAUAUCUGCCAUAAACUCUCCAAACGGGGCUACGCGUGGGGCUUUGAUGAUGUCCGGGAUGAAGAUGCUGCUAAUAACGGGUCAGUAGUUGACCCUCCGCCGACUUUGGUGCGCCGGUGCCAUGAAGCCAGCACCGGGCCCGACAACGAGAGCGACCCCCACCUCUGCAGACGGCUCCCCCAGUCCGACCCGCACGCUGCCAUCCACAGAGUCCUGCGGGAGGCUGGAGACGAACUUGAAAGACUGUACCAGCCGGACUUCACGGAGAUGUCCAGGCAGCUGUAUCUCACCUCCACCACGGCGCAGAGGAGAUUCGCCGAGGUGAUAGACGAACUGUUCCGGGACGGGGUGAACUGGGGCCGGAUUAUCGCUUUCUUCGAGUUCGGGGGAACCGUGUGCGUCGAGUGCGCGGCCAAAGAGGAGAUGACGUCGCAGGUGGACAACAUCGCGGAGUGGAUGACGGAGUAUUUAAAUGGACCUCUUAACAGCUGGAUACAGGAUAACGGGGGAUGGGACGCCUUUGUGGAGCUGUAUGACAGACAGAGGGACUCAGUCUUCAGUUGCUCUUGGCCCUCCAUCAAGACGGUCUUCGGUCUGGCAGCACUCGGGGCAGCGAGCCUCACCAUCGGAGCGUACCUUACACAAAAGUGAACAAGCCGUUCUUUCUAUCAGCUUCACUUUAUUUCUCAGCAUCCUCUCCUCUUCUUCUUUUUUUUUUCUUUUCCUUUUAAAGACACCCCUGACCCCUCAGAGACAACCUUCAGACUCUUCUGAAUCAGGCUCUCUUCAAAGCCUCUCACAGAAAAAACUCCUUCCUCCUUGCCCCCCUUCAUGUCAAAACAGACACAAAUCAAAACAAGCGAAGGAACCAGGGGCGCGGCCCUCAGAGCAAAGGAUGUCUAGAAAAAGAGGCAUCUUAGAUGUAAUCACACUAAGCUGAGGAGAGACGAGGAAUCAGUGGCAUGCAUCUUUUUUUUUUGUUUUGUUUAGUUUGUUUUUUUUGUUCUGCCUGCUUCUGUACUAGCUAUAGCAUGAACGUUGAGUGUUAGUGUAGACGUUGCAUGUGUGGGACCUCUGUUUCGGAGGCUCUUGACAGUCGGGGUGCAAGGAUGACACCGCCAGAGAGGAAGUGGCCGCGGCCCCGCCCCUGCUUGUUAGGGUGAAGGACCCCGUUUGAACUGUGGACUCCAGUUAUCUCCCUGCAGCCGUCCUUCAAAGGACCUCCUCCACAGAACAGCUGCUCAGAAUGCAUAAUGGAAACGGCUCAGCACUACAACCGGCGCAGUGUGCGUCUCCUGCUUUCACUCCUCAGACAGCUCCAGUGAACUCUGAGCACACACUGCACCAUUAUGCUCUCCCUGGCCUGUAAUGGAGGACGGGCCGGUGCAAGGCUGAGCUGAGCUUUCUUUUGCAGAAAGCUCCUUGAUUCUGCGUUGUUGUUUUUUUUCCUUUUUUUUUUUUUUUUUUUAUUGUUGGUUUUUAUUUUUAUUUUUUCGCAGCACACCAAACCAGAUCGAGUGGUUUGCGUGUGAGAGAAUAUGCAAAAGAGAAACCUGAAAAAAUGUUUCAAAGCUGCUGAAUAUCCUGAGAGAGACGUGCAGGGCAGCACAAGAGAAUGAGGUAGAAGUAAAAUAAACAUUUAGUAUUUUGAGGGAGUAGGCCUCUGCAGCAUAAACGGACCAUUUUAAGAGCGCAUUCCUUGAGCAAAGUAAUGUGAACGAGACCGCACCUCGGCUAAAUUAUUCCCCCUUUAAAAGUUAGAUCAUCACAGCCCUCGCCAUUAGCACACGAAAACUUAUCAAUCCGGGUUUAUGUUCUACCUCUGUAGCAGCUUUUCUUUACUCCUCACCGAGUCCGUUUGUGGUCGAACUGUUUCAACGGUUUCAGAGCCGACCCUGUCCACACGUGUCCUCCAGUCGUGUUGAUGUCGGAGAGCCCACUCGUACAAAAGACCUGGACUGACAGACUCACAGAUCACUGAGUGGACACCGGUGUCUCAGCUCAGGGCCGAAGCCAGCGAGUCCCGCGUGCCGGAACCUGAGAUGUCCCCUUCUCUCCGGUCGGCAUCCAGUCAUUGAUUUGUUCCUUUCAGCCUGUUUUAUCGAUGUUCGUCUUGUGUUACAGUCUGAUGGAAAAAUUUGGAAACGCUCGCAGGCUCCAAAAUAUUUUUCUUUCCGGGGGUCGUAUACAGUGCUUAGCAAGUCGGUUAUGGAAAAGUGAUUUUUGAUUUCUCUGUCAUGAAAAAUGUCCAACUUCUUUGUUGCAUGGAUGAAAGAUACUGUCUUAACACAAUAGAUAUUCACUCUGUGUAACCAUAUUUAUAACAGAAUAGACUAGAAGAUGAGAAAUAACAGCAAAGAAGUUGUAUUUUCUAUUUAUUCAGAGGUACCAGAUCACAGAUUUUUUUUUUGUUUCUCUCUCUCUCUGUCUCUCUCUCUGUCUUCUAUGGAAUCACACUGUAACUACAUUAUUUCCUGGCUGCUAUUAUAACAAGAAGAAAAAAAAAAUCGUUUUAAAAAAGUGAAUUUUCUGUGUCGUAUUAAUAUCGGCUUCAAGGCUGCUAUACUGUCGAUUUUUAACUUUUACUUACAGCUUAAACUGCCACAACUUUACAGUAUAGUUCUAGAGAGCUGGAAACCAAAGUUAACUUGUAUUAAUCUUUAAUUUAAAAAGAAAAAAAAAAGUAGCUUAACGAGAGUCGCCUCCAGAGUCUGCUCACAAGGUUUUUUUUGUUUUUUUUUUAGGGGGGGGAUCUCUCUGUGGAGGGUUUGUCUAGUGUUGCUGUACAAUACCAGCUUAACUUUUGUCAACUUUGUGCUCCAAUCAUAACUCAGUGCUUAUCUGUAAGAAGAAAAAAAAAAAGAAAAUGUUGACCUGCCAGACCUAAACCUUGUCUCAGUUAUCACUAUACAACCACCCGAUUGUCAUUACAGCAGUGUGUCAUAUUCCCAGCGAUGUAGGAAGCAGAGGGUGACUGAUGAGCAGGAAUAGGAACAGUUUAACAGCAAUAUACUGUAAUUUUUAUAUUCUCUGUGCAUAUAUGAAUGUAGCACUAUGGUUGCUGUACUGUUUAAUGUCUAUAAUCGCAAACCUGUAGCACUUAAAAAGAAAAGAAAAAAAAAGAAAAGUGAAUUGUGUUUCUGUUGUUUACUGCUAUAUCCACGAUAAGCUAGCAGGAUCAUAUUGUUCCUAAUAAACCAGAUUUUUCUCAAGCAGA